UGUAAUCAGUAGGCCUACUCCAGCACAUCAUAUCCCUGUAUCUGUCACUUGAGCCCUUGGAUGCGUCUCUGUCCUGACAGCCUGGUCGACUCGCCUACACUGACAGUUGUGUUACACUCCCCCAUCUGGCAUAGACAAGACGCAGCGCGCCUCAGAGAAAGAAACUGACGUGUUUUGCGCAUUUCCUGCACCAGUGUUUAGACGGUCGGAGGAGAAAGGGAGGUGUGCAGGAAACCAAGAACAGCAACGUCGAGAAAACAGCCUGGGAGUUUAAGGAGCAAACUGAAACCAAGAACAGCAACGGCAAGAAAACCGUCUGGGAGUAUAAGGAGCGAACAGAAACCAAGAAAACCACAACAGAGUCGACCUGCAACUAUACACUGCUUGAGCAAUUCACAAGUCGGGUAGCUGGUUUGGGAAACAUCCCAAAUGCUCGGCGAGGAGGCAGCAGUCUCUUCCAACGGUGGAAUACGAGUGUUUCCAAAGCCUAGUGGAGUUGCCGAGGAUAGUUUUGAUAGAUUUUGCGCUGUCGUGUUGCGGUUUGGGUAGGCUGUUGACAUAUUCCGACUGCUGCAUAGUCGUAUUUUUCCUUCAUGUAAACUUAAAACGUGUAUUUAUUCUAUUCAAAAGAAAGGCUUUGUCUGAUUGAACGCCAAAUGUGGAUUAUCAUUGGGAAAACCAAGACUGUUAGAGAGCAAAAACGAGACAAUUUACUCUCAUUGGACUGUUUCGGGAGGACUGAUUUGCAUCCGAUUGGUAGUCUAUGUGUGUACUAGCGUGAGACGGGACAGCAUUUCCCCGUUACAUUUAAGUCUCAACCCAUUCAAACCGUGGUCUUCAUUUGAGGAUUCAAACAAUAAAAUAAAUAAAAUAAUUUAUGACCAGUUGAAGUGUUUGGGUUAAAGGAAUUUAUUGUAAACAACCACUCUUCUUCCAAGUCCUAUUGAGGAGGAUUACAUCACCACCAUGGUGGUUUUCAAUGGGUUAUUGAAGAUCAGGAUUUGUGAGGCGUUGGACUUGAAACCGACAGCUUGGUCUCUCAGACAUGCGGUUGGCCCAAAGACCCAGACUUUUCUCUUAGACACAUACAUUGCACUAAACGUGGAUGACUCGCGCGUGGGCCAAACUUCCACCAAACAGAAAACCAACAGCCCUGCGUGGAACGACGAGUUCGUUACGGAGGUUCAUAACGGAAGGAAAAUCGAACUGUCGGUGUUUCACGAUGCGCCAAUUGGAUAUGACGAUUUCGUGGCCAACUGCAUCAUACAGUUCGAAGAUAUAUUGCAGAAUGGCAGUAAGCACUACGAGGAAUGGGUAGUUUGGAGAUCGCAUCCCUGGGAACAAAAUGUCAGUUUAGGGGUGUUGAUUGACUUGGAGCCUGAGGGGAAGGUGUACGUCAUCAUGGACCUGUCUGGAUCCUCUAGUGAAGCUCCAGGCUCCGGUGAGAAUGCUGAGGAGCGUGUGUUUCGGGAGCGCAUGCGGCCUAGGAAGAGGCAGGGUGCCGUACGAAGGAGGGUCCAUCAGGUCAACGGACACAAGUUCAUGGCCACCUACCUGCGGCAGCCUACCUACUGCUCCCACUGCAGAGACUUUAUAUGGGGUGUCAUUGGGAAACAGGGUUACCAGUGUCAAGUGUGCACGUGUGUAGUCCAUAAGCGCUGCCACGAGCUCAUCAUCACAAAAUGUGCUGGGAUGAAGAAAGACAAAGAGGACACCACACCAGAGGAGGUUGGAUCCCAGCGGUUCAGCGUUAAUAUGCCUCAUAAGUUUGGUAUUCACAACUUCAAAGUCCUAACCUUCUGUGACCACUGUGGAUCGCUACUGUGGGGCCUGCUCAGACAAGGGCUGCAAUGCAAAGUCUGUAAGGUGAAUGUACACAGACGCUGUGAAAGUAACGUGGCUCCUAACUGUGGGGUGGACGCGAGGGGCAUCGCCAAGGUUCUGUCUGACCUGGGGGUCACACCAGACAAGAUCUCCAGCAGUGCCCAGAGGAGGAAAAAGAUAACCCAAGAACCCCAGCAGCCGUUACCUUGUACCCCCCAGGCAGAGGAGGACCGAUCCAAAUCAGCCCCCACCUCCCCAUGUGACCAAGACCUGAAAGAGUUGGAGAACAUACGCAAGGCGCUGUCGUUUGACCAACGUGGACAGGAACACAAGUCGGCCUCAUCCUCUUCUUCCAGCAAGGUGGCGGUGGGCUCAGAGGGGGGCGAGGCCCGGGAGAAUGGAGAGCUCAAGACUGUCCAGACCAAGAGGAUGAUGCUGCAGAACUUCCUCUUCAUCAAGGUCCUGGGCAAAGGCAGCUUCGGAAAGGUGAUGCUGGCUGAGCUGAAAGGGACAGAUGAGGUGUAUGCUGUGAAGGUGUUGAAGAAAGACGUGAUCCUGCAGGAUGAUGAUGUGGACUGUACCCUGACAGAGAAACGCAUAUUGGCCCUGGCUAGGAAACACCCCUACCUGACCCAGCUCUUCUGCUGCUUCCAGAAUAAGGACCGUCUGUUCUUUGUGAUGGAGUAUGUAAAUGGAGGAGACCUGAUGUUUCAGAUCCAGCGAUCCAGGAAGUUUGACGAGACGCGCUCUCGCUUCUAUGCUGCCGAAGUCACCUCUGCCCUCAUGUUUCUUCACCAACAUGGAGUAAUCUACAGAGAUCUGAAACUGGAUAAUAUUCUGCUGGAUGCACAAGGCCACUGUAAACUGGCUGACUUUGGCAUGUGUAAGGAGGGGAUCCUCAAUGGAGUCACCACCACCACCUUCUGUGGGACCCCAGACUACAUCGCUCCGGAGAUCCUACAGGAGCUAGAAUAUGGCCCCUCUGUGGACUGGUGGGCUCUGGGGGUGCUUAUGUACGAGAUGAUGGCUGGUCAGCCCCCCUUUGAGGCCGACAAUGAGGAUGACCUGUUUGAGUCCAUUCUCCACGAUGAUGUCCUCUACCCAGUGUGGCUAAGCAAGGAGGCAGUCUCCAUCCUCAAAGCGUUCAUGACGAAGAGUCCAAACAAGCGUCUGGGCUGUGUGAUCACCCAGGGCUUGGAGGAGGCCAUCAAGGUUCAUCCCUUCUUCAAGGAGAUGGACUGGGUUCUGCUGGAGCAGAAGAGGGUCAAACCACCCUUCAAACCUCGCAUUAAAACUAAAAGGGACGUGAACAACUUUGACCAGGACUUCACUCGCGAGGAACCUGUCCUCACCCCAGUAGAAGACGCCAUUAUUAAGCAGAUCAACCAAGACGAGUUCAAGGGUUUCUCCUACUUUGGAGGCGAGGAGAAUCUGUCCUAAGGCCUGCACACACACCAACACACACACACACACCAACACACACACACCAAUACACACACACACACACACACACACACACACACACACACACACACACACACACACACACACACAC